AUUUGUAGUGUGUUUGUCAACAUCUGAGAUCCACACACGUUUGUGAUGUCAAACUUGGUUGUUUGGAUAUUGUGCAUAAUAUAUUUCAUUUGUCUGUCAUCCCUAACGUCUACUGCUAAUGAUGAUCAAGAUCUUUUCGCGUUUGAACCAGUUCGAGCACAGUCGUUGAAUGUAGGAACAGCAAAACCGAGAAAGAGGUACCUUCUAUAUAGCAUUAAUCCUGGAGAGGGCUUCAACUUGCGAAGAGAUGUAUAUAUGCGCGUCGCCUCUUUAGUCAAGAUGAUGAAUGACAAGGAAGAUUGGACUCUAGUGUUGCCACCUUGGGGCCCACUCUAUCAUUGGAAAACAGAAGGAUUAAAAAGAGACAAGUAUUUGUGGAAAACAUUUUUCGACAUACAAAGUCUAAAUUUGUAUGUUCCUGUCAUAGAAUUUGAGGAUUUCCUUACUGAAAAUGGACCAGUGAUAGAUGAUGUGCUGUAUCUGCAACAUUUCGAGGGUGAUCGGUUUACUGGACACUUUGAAGAGAAAAUUGAGGAAACGGAAUGUAUAGAAGCACCCAGGUACUCCAAACAUGCAGAUGGAAAGUAUCGUGGCUGGUUCUGGGGAUACGAAAGAGUAGCGGCUAAGAACUUCCACUGUCUAUCUGCACAAGGCUUUGCAGCUAUUGUUAUACCUGCCCUGCGAUCAAACUAUUCCAAGGCAAGGUCAGUCCUUAUAGACAGAGCGGAGACGCUGUUACACAACAGAUAUGGGGAUGAAGACUAUUGGCAGGCUAGAAGAAGCCUUCGGUUUGCGAAACCGCUCAUCGAUAUGGGCGAUGCAUUUAGGAGAGACCGACUCGACUCAACAGAUGAUGGUGAUAUAACAACGCUUCAUCCUGAUUGGAGAGAUCAUCAAGUGAAACCUGGCCACGCUAUUGGUGGCCCGUACAUUGCGGCCCACCUCAGGCGGCGGGAUUUCCUCUAUGGCCAUCGCGACGAUGUGCCGAGUAUCAACCGAACUGCGCUGCAACUGUUACCUUUAAUAGAAAAGUACAAGGCGAAGAAAGUCUUCAUAGCAAGUGAUGCACCAGAUGAGGAAUUCGAAGAGCUCAAGUUGUAUAUUCCUAUUGCGAUUCGCUAUGUUCCUCCCAAAGAGAUUCUCAAGAAAUAUGGAGAUGGUGGAGUGGCUAUCAUUGAUCAAUGGAUUUGUGCACAUGCGAGGUAUUUCGUGGGAACGUCAGUGUCGACGUUUUCGUUUCGCAUUCAGGAAGAGCGUGAAAUACUCGGCUUUGAUCCUGAUGUCACAUUUAAUCGCCUGUGUGGCGAUAAACAGGAAUCAUGUGAACAACCUGCACGGUGGAAGAUCAGAUACUGACAGUAGACAAUAUUUGUUUUAGAAUAUUAUUAUUUAUUAAUAGUGUUAGAAUUUUGAAUUAUAAUGUAUGAUAUGUGAAGGAUCUGAUCCUAUAUAAGUGCCUGUGCAAAUUAGCACACACUGUUUGCAUGUAAGUUGCGAAAGCAAUCAAGAAUGGUGCAACACCAUGCUAGUAUGCAUGGUAUUGCUAUAUUACUUUAUCUCUUACUUGCCAAAGCCCUGUGCUGCACAAUAUAAUAAGUGCAGUUUGCAAGCAUUCCAGAUAGCCAUAAUAAAGUUUUACUCACUUGAAGCUACGUGAGUAAUGUGUACCCUUUUAAUGGCAUUUCAAACUUAUUACUAAUUCCAUUAUUAUUGCUGAUAUUAUUCAGGUGAAAAUAAAGUUGUUUUCAACGUUACAACA